AUGGCCACGUUCUGCGUCUCGUUGGUCGAUGUGAGCCACAUGAUAGCGAGGGCCCAUGAGCAACUCUCGGAGGUCUUCAUGCUGAAGGACGUGUCGGUGAAUGCGUGUUUCGCCGUGUUCUGGAAGUUUCCUUUGGGCGUGUUGCUGAGCGUGGCCGCGUGGGAGAUCUCCGGCUUCCAGAGCCCGCUGCUCAACGGCGUCUACAGACGCUUGGAGCUCAACGGCAGCGCCGCGGCGGCGGUCGUGUACGAGAGCGGCACUGGCUGCGUGCUCUACCGCGAAGGCGCCUCGUGGGCCAUCAACGGCUGGACGGACGGCAGCCGCUCUGGGCCGCCGAGGGUGGUCGCGAGCCAGCUCUCCGCGUGCGAGUUCAGCACGCAGGUCCUCUGGCGCGAGCUCCAGGCGGGUGGCGAGUGGCCGCUGCGGCAGGUGGAGGUCCGGGACGCCGGCGCGGCCGAGGCCGCCGUGGCGCCGCAGAGGCCGCCGCCCGCGGCGUCGCGGCUCCUCUCCCAGUCGCGGUCGCCGCCGCGGCGGCUGGACGCCGCGGCCGCGCAGCGCGGCGGGGCGGCGGGCGGCCCAGCGGGCUCGGCUCCCAAGGACGACCCGGGGAUGUUGACCUGA